GAGUCCAAGGGCGUACUCGUAAUUUAGCGUGGGCGUGGGCGUGUGUGGUUGCUAAUGGCGAUUGCGAUCGGAGAGAUACACGAUAUAGCAAUUGUUAAUCCUGAUCAAAAUACGAUCUCGAUUCACAUUGUAGUGCCCGAGGCAGACUCAGUGCUUUUGAGUUUUGGUUCUCGCCGUAGGUCAACUACUGAAAAGAGGUGAUUGGAGAAGGGUAAAGAUAGGCCUUCUGUCCUGCUUUCCUCGAUCUGUUCUUGAAAUCGAUAGAUUCCGAGAUUGUAAGUCUCGAUGUAUGCUCAUCUUUUUAAUAUGUUUCGUAGAAGAUUCGAUCGAGUUCCCACCGUAGCAUAUAUCGUUAGCUAGCUAGAUAGCUAGGAAGUCUCGAUCUGAUAGAGAUUCAGUAAGAUCUGCAGCGAUGUACGGAGCGACGGCGGUGACGUCGAAGGAGGAUCUGAACCUGCCGUACCGGAGCCGGGACGUGCUGUCCGAAUCCAACUCAAAUCUUCUUCGCUACCAGUCGGCUCCGAGCUCGCUGCUGGGGGAGCUGUGCGACGACUUCCUCCCCGGCAAGACCACCUCCACAGCCGGCACCUUCUCGUCCGGAUUCUUAGGGCCUGACCUCCAGAUCGAGGACAGGACCUCCGGCGGCGGCGCGGCCGCAAGCGCUGGCCAUGGCUUGCUGCCUCUGCCUCCGCAAAAGCAGCAGAUUGCGAUGCCCGUGUUUCAUCCUCAGACCCAGACUCAGCUUAUUAAGCAGCAGCAGAUGGCGAACCAUGCGUAUUCAGUGGCGGGAUCGUCCUCGAUGAGGGUGGACACGGCGGAGCAAUUCCACAAGAGAUCCAACUCCUCCCAUCCUAAUCUGAUCGCGAGGCAAAGCAGUUCGCCCGCUGGCCUCUUCUCUCACCUCCACGUCGAUAACAGUACUGGAUUCGGGUACGGGACGGUGAGAGGUGGUCUGGGAAACGAGAUGAGUGGAUUGAAGAAGUCGACGAGCCUGUCGACGUCGAAGCAGAACUCCAGCAUGUCACAGAUUUCGGAGGCUGCGGCUAGUGGCAAUAGCCCUGAAGAGAGCGGCAGCUUCGGCGCCUUCCGGGGAAACAAUAAUUACUCUGCUUGGGAGAUCAAUUCCUCUUUACAGCUUCAGAAUGGAGAUAGGAACCAUGUGUCAGGGCUAAGCCCUCAAUUUAGCUUGCCGAACACUUCAUCGGAGAUGGCCAAUCUGGAAAGGUACUGGGAGUUUCAGGAUGCCAUGCCUUGCAAGGUCCGUGCUAAACGCGGCUGCGCUACUCAUCCUCGGAGCAUAGCUGAGAGAGUAAGGAGGACUCGAAUCAGCGAAAGAAUCAGGAAACUGCAGGAGCUAGUCCCUAAUAUGGACAAGCAAACCAACACUUCGGAUAUGCUAGAUUUGGCCGUCAGCUACAUACAAGAUCUGCAGAAACAGGUGAAGGUACUAUCGGAGAAAGGAGCAAGUUGCAGUUGUUCAGCUGGCAAGCAAUAGCAAAUAUUCAACGGCGAUCCGCCAUGUCUAAAGUUAAAAAUGGCUGUUUAUUAAGUGGGCAAUGCCCGAACGGCUGAUUCAUGUUCAAAGAAGCAAGAUGGAUGUAAUUUGUUUGCUGUGUGACCUUCAAUAUGAUGAUCUCAAUUCUGAAUUA